AUGUCUGAAGAAAAACAAACGAACGAUCAUCAAAAUGAUAAAGAACUUGCCGAUCUACUUGAUAGUUCAUUGAAAGACUUUGGAAAAACGCGUACCACCGAUGAUGAAUUGGAUGAAAUGAUGGCCUCACACGAUCAAGAAGCUGCCAAGCGAGCAGCUUCCGAUUUUCAGAUGAUGCUACAACAAAUGAUGUCAGUUCAAGAAGAGGCGAUGAAAGCUCAAGGGGAAGGCGAGGUUGACGGAGCGUCACAAGAGAUGCCAGAAGAUGCGCGAAUGUUUUUCAACGCAAUGGAGCAACUGAUUGAACGAAGUGGUGCUGUGGCGAACGCCCAAAAUACUCAAGAAAUGGUCGAGGGCCUUGAGGCCCUUCGUGGACCCGAUUCCGAGCUUGAGCCUUUUAUGGCCAUGUUGAUGCAGACUCUUGCUUCUAAAGAAGUCAUGUAUCCGUCAUUGAAAGAAAUCUUCGAUGCGUAUCCAAAAUACUUUGAGGAGCACAGCGCUGAGAUUGAUGCGCCAACAAAAGAGCGCUAUGAGAAACAACGUGAAAUUCUCGGCCGGAUAUGCGAAGAGUUCGAGAAAGAGCCGAAUUCGUCGGGCGCUGAUGAAGCAGAGGCAGCUGAUAAACCCGAUCAACCUGCUCACACCGACGAACACAUUGAAGGGGAAAAGGGCUUCGAAGAAAUUGGAAAACUCUUGAUUGAGUUACAAGCUUUGGGAUAUCCACCAAAAGAGCUUGUUGGAACUUUGCCGCCUGGAUGGGCCACCGAUGACACGGGAAUGCCAAAGGUUGAAGAUAUGAACCAAGCGGCUGGCGCGUGCAACUUGAUG